AUAAUAAAGAUGAAACAAUCAGUCAAGACGAUGAAAAUGAAACAAUCAGUCAAGACGAUGAAAAUGAAACACAAGAAAUACAAGUUUCAAUAAAACUCAUUUAUGAACUAUGGAAUUUCUAUAUGCCAAACACGGGACUUUCAAGG